UCUUUCUUCUCACUGCUCCAUUCAUUGCACUUAUUUUCUGAUCAAAUACUGUAACAGAUUGAAAUGGCUGCACAAGCUGAACUUGAGCAUCCCAGAAAAGCAUUCGGAUGGGCAGUUAGGGACCCUUCUGGUUUUUUCUCCCCUUUCGAUUUCUCCAGAAGGGAAACUGGUGAAAAAGACGUUGCAUUCAAAGUGUUGUAUUGUGGGAUAUGUCACUCUGAUCUCCACAACGCAAAAAACGAAUGGGGCACUUCCACCUAUCCACUAGUCCCAGGGCAUGAGGUGACUGGUGUAGUGACAGAAGUGGGAAGCAAAGUAGAAAAGUUCAAAGUUGGGGACAAGGUGGGUGUGGGAUGCUUGGUUGAUUCCUGCCGCAGCUGUCAGAACUGUUCUGACAAUCUUGAGAAUUAUUGUCCACAAUAUACUCUCACGUAUGGUGCCAAAUAUAAAGAUGGUAGCAUCACAUAUGGAGGUUACUCUGAUUCAAUGGUUGCAGACGAACACUUUGUGGUUCGAAUUCCUGAUGGCCUACCACUUGAUGCUGCUGCACCUCUCCUUUGUGCUGGCAUCACAGUUUAUAGCCCUCUCAGAUAUUUUGCACUAGACAAACCUGGUCUGCAUGUGGGUGUGGUUGGUCUCGGUGGACUAGGCCAUAUGGCUGUAAAAUUUGCCAAAGCUUUUGGGGCCAACGUCACAGUAAUAAGUACUUCACCUUACAAAAAGGAGGAAGCAAUACAACAUCUUGGAGCUGACUCUUUUCUGAUAAGCCGUGACCAAGAUCAGAUGCAGGCUGCAAAGGGUACUUUGGAUGGUAUUAUCGACACAGUUUCGGGCGUUCAUCUUUUGUUACCUCUGAUUGGUUUGCUGAAGUCUCAUGGAAAGCUUGUAAUGCUGGGUGCACCGGAGAAGCCUCUGGAGCUGCCAAUCUUUCCUUUACUUAAUGGGAGAAAGAUAGUAGCCGGAAGUUUGAUUGGAGGAAUAAAGGAGACCCAAGAGAUGAUCGACUUUGCUGCUAAACACAACGUAAAACCUAUCAUUGAGGUCAUUCCUAUUCAUUAUGUCAACACUGCAAUGGACUGUCUCCUCAAAGCAGAUGUAAAAUACAGAUUUGUGAUUGACAUAGGAAACACUCUAAAACCAAGCCCUUGAAGUUUUUGCCAUUCUAGUAUACGUGAAACAUUGUAAGAGAAAAAAAGUGACAAUAUGCUAUGAUUGCACUUGGG